UGCGGCGGGCGGCCGAGGGCAGGGCGGCCGCUGGGCGAGCGUGGCCCCUGGGCGAGCGCGCCUCCCGGCGGCGGGGUCUCCGGACGCGGCCGCGCCUCCUCGCCAUGAACAUCGACGUGGAGUUCCACAUUCGCUACAACUACCCCUGGAGCCGGCUGCCGGCCAGCGUCAAGCAGGGUCUUGGAAACUCUCAGAGGGAAUAUGAAAGGCAGGUCGUACUCUACAGCAUUCGCAAUCAGCUGCGAUACCGGAAUAACUUGGUUAAGCAUGUCAAGAAAGAUGAACGUAAAUAUUAUGAGGAUCUGUUGAAAUACAGUCGAGAUCAUCUGAUGUUGUACCCUUACCAUUUGUCUGACAUCAUGGUGAAAGGUCUGAGAGUAACACCAUUUUCCUAUUACACAGGCAUAAUGGAGGAUAUAAUGAACAGUGAAAAAAGCUACGAUUCAUUACCUAACUUCACUGCUGCUGACUGUCUAAGACUUCUUGGUAUAGGAAGAAACCAGUAUAUAGAUCUAAUGAAUCAAUGUAGGUCUUCAAAGAAAUUUUUCAGAAGGAAAACUGCUCAUGAUCUGUUACCUGUGAAACCUGUGGAUAUUGCUAUAGAAGCAUGGUGGGUCGUGCAGUCUGGCUACAUCACUGAGGAUGACAUCAAGAUUUGUACUACAUCGGAGAAGUCUGCUAUUGAUAAGAUAAUUGACUCAGGUCCUCAGCUUGCUGGUUCAUUGGACUUCAAUGUGGUUCACAGUUUAUAUAAUAAAGGGUUUAUUUACCUCGAUGUACCAAUAUCUGAUGACAGCUGUAUAGCAGUACCACCACUGGAAGGUUUUGUGAUGAACAGAGUGCAAGGUGAUUACUUUGAAACACUUCUGUACAAGAUAUUUGUUUCAAUAGAUGAACACACUAAUGUGGCAGAGCUUGCAAAUGUCCUGGAGAUUGACUUAUAUUUAGUAAAGAAUGCUGUGUCCAUGUAUUGUCGGUUAGGCUUUGCUCAUAAAAAAGGCCAAGUAAUAAACCUGGAUAAUCUUCAUCCGUCAUGGAAGAAUGUUCCUUCGAUAAACAGACUGAAGAGUACUUUGGAUCCUCAAAAGAUGCUGCUUUCAUGGGACAGUGGGGAAAACAGAAGUCCUAUACAGGAAGCUGGGUCAUCAGCAACAGAUACAGAUACCAACAGUCAAGAUGAUCCAGCUGAGACAGCCAGCCUGAGCAGCCUGAAUCUGUCUAGUGGACACACAAAACGUAUUGCCUUCCUGUUUGAUUCUACUCUCACUGCCUUUUUAAUGAUGGGAAAUCUUUCACCAAACUUGAAAAGUCAUGCAGUCACUAUGUUUGAAGUUGGGAAACUGUCAGAUGAGAGUCUUGACAGCUUCUUGGUGGAGCUGGAAAAGGUUCAAAGCACAGGUGAAGGGGAAGCACAGCGGUACUUUGACCAUGCGCUUACGCUGAGAAACACUAUACUGUUCUUGCGGCACAAUAAAGACCUAGGGGCACAAGCUGUGCAGCCAGAUCAGCCAAAUAAUGGGUUUCCCUUGGACCUCUUACGAUGUGAGAGUUUGCUUGGCUUGGAUCCAGCUACCUGCAGCAGAGUUCUCAACAAAAAUUAUACUCUUCUGGUUUCCAUGGCACCACUUACCAAUGAAAUUCGACCUAUUAGCAGCUGUACACCUCAGCAUAUUGGGCCUGCGAUACCAGAAGUCAGUUCAGUUUGGUUCAAACUGUAUAUUUACCACAUAACUGGACAAGGACCACCCUCUCUGUUGCUCUCUAAAGGAACACGUCUUCGAAAACUUCCAGACAUCUUUCAGGGUUAUGAGCGCCUGCUAAUAACAUCUUGGGGUCAUGACCCAGGAGUUGUUCCCACUUCAAAUGUGCUCACAAUGUUGAACGAUGCUUUAACACAUUCUGCUGUUUUAAUUCAGGGACAUGGCAUGCAUGGAAUGGGAGAAACAAUGCACAUACCUUUCCCAUUUGAUGAAGCCGAGCAGCAAGGAGAGUUCUCCCGUGUGAACAUGGGCAUUCAUACAGCUUUAAAAAUACUGAGAGACAAAGUAGACUUACAGCAUCUUUGUGGCUAUGUCACUAUGUUGAAUCCUUCAAGUCGACAUGCAAACAGAAAGCUGAGUGAUGCUUCUGAUGGAAGAGGAGAGGCUGAACUAGCUUCAGGAUCUGAUGUAAAUGGGAGCACAGAAUCAUUUGAGAUGGUAAUAGAAGAAACCUCAGUGGAUUCUGCAGUCAAGCAAAGCCUUGAAGCACCCACAACAGAACUGGAAUGGGUUCCCCUGGAAUUAUGCUUUGGUAUUCCACUCUUCAGCUCUGAGUUGAAUCAGAAGGUGUGUAGGAAAAUUGCCACUCAUGGAUUGUGUAGAAAAGAAAGCCUUCAAAAACUCUUACAUUCCAGCAGAAAGCUGUCUCUUCAGGUCCUUAAUUUUGUUCACUCAUUCCAGGAAGAUAUGUCAACACUGGAUCAGCUCCAUGAUGCUGGCUCUUCAAGUUCACUUUUGCAGCCUAUUUCUGCAGAUAUGGGUGUUCCACUUCCUGCCAAGAAUCUCAUGUUCAAAGAAGGUGUAUUAUCUGAAUGGAACGGACGGUCCCCUUCCUCAGUUUAUUUCAACCACACAUAAGGAACAACUCAAAUAGGAAUUCCAAUGCAUUGAUCACUAAAAUGCCUUUCUUCUAUUAUGGUAAAUUCCUAGUGCCAACCACUAAGAAGUGUACUGCUGCUGCAGUGUAACCCAUACAAAAGUAGUGUUACAGAACAUGUUGUGUUGCAGUAUUGGGGAAGUGCUUAAACCGUUUAGAACUUGUUACUCAUUACUGCAUAUCUUGCUGCAACAGAGAGCUUUUCAGCUGUCAGCACUAUUUUUAUCUUGAGACAAUCUUUCUUUUGUAACUAAACACGCCUUUUCUAGGCUUUCUGAUGAUUGUUAAAUUUCUACGUGUCACCACAAAAUUGCAAUCGUAGUUUUCUAUGUUCGUUACUCAGACAUAAAUUCUGUUUAGUUUUGUACUGUAUUACUGAAAAUCUUUCUGUGUAAAGGUGAAAGAGAUUUGGCUCUUCCCCUGAAAAGCUCAGUGAUACCAACUGUUUAAAAAACAAAUAGUAUCAUGGUUAUACGGGGCAUUAAGAAUUGGCUAAGUCUGUGGUUCAGCUUAGCAGUGGGGCCUUGACAAAUCUGUGCAGUGGAGUGAGGUCUGACGCUUAUGGUUAGCGCAGACUCAAAGGCCUGGUGAUAAUUUAAUGUCACAUUUGAAGACUGGUGGUGCACUUGCAUCUCUGACAGAAUUUGAUGGAGGUGUGGAACUAUGGAAGGGCUGAAGUGGUUGGCUCUAUUCAAGGGGUUCUUUAUAAUAAUGGGUUCAUCUCGCUCUUCGUGUGAAACCAUGAGUGUCUUGAGAUUUGAUCACGCUGGGAGUUAGUCCCUCAUUGGCAUUUGGAGCCUGUGAUAGUUGCUGUGGGAAAACUACUGGUGUCAUAAAUUGAGUUUGAUGUGAUAGCUAGAUCUGUCCUGCUUAAUGUUUGAAAGAACAGAGCUCUUGAUUUUUCACAUGACAGUCAUUAGGUAGCAGCAGAGGAUAUGUUGGCAGAGAAUCCAUUUUCCUUCAGCCAUCAGCUGCUGAUAAUGACACACAUUAACAAUGAGCUGUUUAAUCUAAAAUCGUUUUCUGACUCCACUCGUAGGGAUAUGUAGCAUGAUUCCACUUUGUUUAUAUUGGGCAUUAGCAGCUUUUUUUGCCAGUUUAAAAUUCUGUCUCGUUGAGUUCUUGAGGAAAACAAGAGAUGUAAAAUGCUAAAGACUUCUAUCCCAUCUGUCUACAAGACUCUGCCAACUCUCUUCUUUACUGGAACUGCCUUGAUCCAAACAGUUGUAAUUGAAAAUGAGACUCAACCUGUCAUUACUAGCCUACAGUGCAUAAUAGAACAAGAAUCUAUUGUUGGCAUAGAUGAUGCUGGACAACAUUGAGGAGAAACAUAGCUACGUUGGGUUUUGUGUCCUGUUCUGUAUGGCUGUGGGAAAAAAACCAACAUGAUGGAAGUUGGAAAAGGACAAACAUACCAUGGUAGUGAUAAGAUAAUGCAGUGGCUUCAGUUAGAACUGUGAAAAUUCCAUCAGUGUCUCUUUUUUUUUUUCCCCUUUUUCCCCUUUGUUUUAUACACAUUCCAAAGGGGGAAAUGUAGGGCUUGCACUCUAAGAAACUGAAAGUCUCUAGUACACAGUUUGCUCAGUGCUGCUUUUUUUACAUCUGUUUUGGUUUUGUUUUGCCAACAGUAGCUGAAUUCAGUAAUCUCCAUAUAUUACAGAGGCUUUCUAUAGAAGGUUGAUCAUUUACACUGCAGUGACUUCUAUACUGGAUGUGCAUACUUGCCAUAGCAUUUCUGUUUGUUUUUUCAGACUGCCUUACUUCCCUCAAAGUAAAGGAGAAUUGGAUGUCAAUCUGCCAGAAGUGGCAGAGGAAACAUUUACUGUGAGAAUUGUUAUGUGGAGAUUAAUAGAUCAGUACCUAGCACUGUAAAGGAACUAAGCAGUAGCUAAUGGCUUACACUUCCAGUACUAUAGAUGUUACUUUAAGUGCUACAGUGAGCUGUAGUAGAUGAGCUAGUUUGGCGUAUUGUAUCGAAUCUUGCCAUGCAUUGCCUAUACUAGAAUGUAAAGUGAUGAUAGCACAAAUUGUAUGAAAGUUUGAAAAUGGGUGAAAAGUUCUUGUUCUCAGUGCAUAUUCUUCAGUGUUACUAAGUGAAGGUUACCCUUUGUUAUUAGGUUGUCUAAAGUUUCUGAAUAAAAGUAGCCUGCUCUUAAGAGUUGUUUGAUACCCAUAAAUCUUACAGUUAAUGGUGAGAAUUCUGGAUACUUUGCUGUUUUCUAGAACUCCAACCACUCUAAUUUAGGUGCUUCAAUACUAGUUUAGGAGCUUAAACAUUCAGAUCUGCAUAUCUGAAGUUUACUGACUAGAUUGCAACCAAAGAAGUCCAUAAAAUACCUGAAACUUGACUACAGCUCCAGUGCUUGGGUUGGUCCAGAGGCUUUAUUCAAAGUAUGUGACUUUUAUUUUAAAUAUGGUGUAAAGCAAAAAAAAAAACCCACCAAAACUCAAAGAUCUUCAUACCAAAAUAAUCUAUUUUAUAUUGUAUUGCAAAUAAAAACAAAUUAAAUCAAUUUCUAUUCUUCAGGUAGUUUUAUUGACAGUGGGGAAAAUGACAUGCACUACACGUCCUAAAGCUGUUUUAACUUUCUGUCUUCAGCAAGAUUUUGAACUUGCAGAGGAGAGGUUGGCUUUAUGCUGUUGCACAACCCAAGGAGUAUUCAGAUGGAUGUCCCCUCCAGAUGUGCAGGAGCCAACUAGAAAGUAUGUUAUGUUUGUUUUCAGGUGGUUUCUUUGAUGAUGACUUAUUAUUUCACAGUUCUUUUCUUCUCCCUCGUUGUUCUCAAAUUUCCUUUUGUUUCUGUGUUCACUGUUCCAAAUGGUUUGUAUUUUGAAGGUUUUAAAGUACUGUCAUAACUGAAUACAGUUGCACUCUUCUGGUGUGACAUUGUUAAUAUUAUACAUUGAAUUGUACAAAGUCUGUGUUCAAUUUAAAUUAUUGGCACAUGUAACAAAUGUUUACAAAUAAACUGUGGUGUAGGUCAAA